AUGAGACCUCUAGAUGUCUUCAGGGUAGUCAUGCCUAUCAUCACUUUGCAGUUCCACGGAGCUGCAGCCACCACUAACACUACACUACCCCGCACGUAUGGCAUCGUACUUUUCCGCAUGUUCGACCUUCUGGACGUGCACGGUCCCAUUGAAAUCCUACAGUUCUUAAGCGGGCUGUACAAGAUUGAUAUCGCUUUAAUUGCCGAGACAAUGGACCCGGUCACUUCAGAACCAUUAAUGGCCUCGAUGAACCCAUUCAACUCUUCGGUAUACCCCGUGCUUCCACCCAGCCACACAUUCGCGACGGCGCCGGAACUAGACGUCUUGAUCCUUGCCGGCGGCCCUGGCUGGCGUAAUCCUGCGCUAAACGCUACGCUUGACUACAUCGCACGUACAGCACCAAACGUUAAGCAAGUUCUUACUAUCUGCACUGGUUCUGCUCUAGCUGCAAGGGCUGGCAUCAUGAACGGCAGGAAGGCAACAACAAAUAAGACAUCAUGGCCAAAUGCUGUCAAGGCGGGGCCCAACACAACAUGGGUGCCUCACGCACGUUGGGUCGAAGAUCAGUCAAGUACUCCGCCUAUUUGGAGUUCCUCGGGGGUGACAGCAGGUCUUGAUCUUAUGCUGCACUUUGUUGAGCAGACAUACAGCGAAAGGAACGCCACGUUCAUCGCAAACAUACUGGAGCAUCAGCGAAUUACAGAUCCGAGUUUCGAUCCUUUCGCGAGGAAAGAGUGCGUUUCAAAUCGGGCCAUCGUUCGAUCGUGA